GGCAAGUAUAGCACUUGGUAAUAUAGGAGCUAUGAUGACGGUGGUACAGCUAGCGCUAGUGCUCGUGAUUGCGAGCCUUUUGUCGUGUGCUUCCGCAAGUACUAAAAGGUCACUUCCAUCCAAUCGACAGCUUUUGGUGGGGUACUGGGGACAAAAUGCGGCAGGGCCCACAUUUGGCAGAUUGAACUACGAGAGAGACCUGAGACACUUCUGUAACAACUACGACUUCGAUAUCUACGUCAUCGCUUUCGUCCAUCGAUUGUUUGAUGUGCGAAAUAAAGGACCUGAUCCUAAACUCCCUGGCAUGAACUUCGCUCAUCACUGCAGCUAUGUCCCGGAUGCGAAUUACCCAGGAAUCUAUGAGUGCGCGACAAUUGGUGGAGGGAUACGGGACUGUCAGAAGAUGGGCAAGAAAGUGAUAAUCUCACUUGGUGGCGACACGUGCGAUGGGACACUAGGAAGUGCAGCUAACGCCCGAGCACUCGCUUAUAACAUCUGGAAUAUGUUCCUCGGAGGGCAAGACCUGCCUGGGAAAAGGCCGUUUUUGAGCGCUGUACUAGAUGGUGUCGAUCUGGAUAUCGAGGUGGGCAGCUACAAGUACUACCCCGACUUCGUGCGGGAGAUUCGCCAGCUGAUGCGCACCGAUUCCAGUCGACAAUAUCUGAUCACGGCCGCGCCACAGUGCCCCUUCCCCGACAAGUGGAUGGGCCCGCAGACACCAGGCUCCGCACUAGAGGAGGUUGGAAGUGAGUUUGACUACCUCUUCAUUCAGUUCUACAACAACUAUUGUUACCCGGGCAGCUCGUACUUUGUCUCGGUGAUGGACACGUGGUUGAAUUGGGCGAAUGGGAUUACGAACGGACCAAAGAUAAUCCUUGGUCUUCCGGCUGGUACAGGCGCGGCGGGAAAACCGCAUUACUACUUCACGCCGGAGAAACUGGCCGAGAAAUACAAGCUGAUUCGCGACAAGCCUGGAGUCAGCGGUAUCAUGCUAUGGGACUGCUCGUGGGCGCAGAAUAAUAAACCCAACGGCAACCAUUACAGUGAACACGCAUUCAAGCUGGUCAGCGGAGGCACCGUUAAGCCGCCACCGGUCCACCCUACAACUAAUGCCCCACCCCAGCCCCCAGCAACCACGAAAGCACCACUUGCCACAGACAAGGUUACGACCACUACAAAGGCCCCGGUCACCACAAGUCAACCUAGUGGGCCAGUAAGUUGCUCGUCUCUCGGGGACGGCACGCAUCCCGACCCUAACGACUGCUCCAAGUUCGUCAUGUGCGCUGGAGGGGUAGCUUACCCCAACAGUUGUCCAGCAGGUCUUCUUUACAAUAAGAAAACCAAAAAUUGUGACUGGCCUAGUAAUGUCACUUGCUAAUUUGAGUGUUACGUCACGUGAUAUUUGGUGUUGAGGCGCGGCAAAAGACGCAUGACGGGUAGAAAAUGAUAAAUAAAACGGUUGUAUUGACUA